AACGCAAGGGGAUCAUAUCAGGAAAGCGCACGGGCAUCUCCUCAGAAACGCUGAAGCUGCUCCUCACAGAGGGCGUUGAAAACCAGGGUAAAGAAUCACAGAGAGCGAGGGAAUCGAAGAUCUGGGCACUCUGCUCGACACUCUCGCCGGAGAGAUUUCUAGUUCGAUGGUGGCAGAAUUUGCACUCCGGGGAAAAGAAAAGAUGGCGGAACAGGAAGAGAAGCCCGUUUGCCCAUUAGAUUCGUGCUGCGAGGUGAUCCGUGAUCUGUGGGAACACUUCCCAAGAUACGAGCAUGAUCUCGCCCUUCUCUCCAAAAUGCAAUCAAUCUCUGCAAGUAUCGAUAUGCUUCGGAGGCUGGAACCGGAGCUUGACAGAAAACUGAGAUCGAUGGAGGUGAAGGCUGAGGAGGAGGAGAUCAGCAGGGAUGAUCUUGGUUGCAAACUGAGAUCGAUGGAGCUGAAGGUUGAUGAGGAGGAGGUGAGCAAGGAUGAAGAAACAAAAUCUGAAUCAAUAGCAGUCGGGAUGGUGGUCGAGGGAUUGGAUGCCUACCGUAGCUGCUGGGAGUCGUUAUGGCGCCCUGCGAGGAGUUUUGAGGACAUGACGUUAGCGAGUUCCAUGCUCUUUACACACUGCACACCAGGCCGUAUGCCAAGAAAUGCCAUCAUUGGGAGCACCUUGCAGAUCUACUCUGUUAAGGUUGCAGAAAUACACGACAUUGAGAGCCCCCUGAAGGUGUAUGGUGUGGUUGCUGCCCGAGACACCGUGGACAGCAGUCGUAACCCAAUCUUCCUUCGUCCAAGAAAUGGCUGUCAAAUCCUUAAUCUGCAAGAUCGCUUUCUACACUUAACUGGCCCAUGUCGUGCAAUUGUGUCUAUGAACCCUGUUGACAUUGAGAUAGAGCUGAAACUAAAGGGCGCAGCCAAGUCCGAGGACAGGAUAUUGAUCAGCAAAGUUUACCACCACAAUGGUGAAAGUUUAGGUACCUAUCUCGUCGGCGACAUGCAUUGUGGGAUAGAAUUAUGCUUUCAGCAACUUAAGCAGUCCAUUCAGGCCACAAUCUCGCGUGUUCGGAUUGUUGAAAGGGACUCAUCACCUUUUCCGCAUGGUGGCCGAGUUGCAUGCUUCUCGCUGCCUCACGAGCAACCCGAGGAAAUUGUGAUGCUUGACACAAAAGGUGGAAAAAUGCCGAUGGGGAAACACCGUUGUCUUGAGCUGUCCAGAAAGGUUGUCUCUGUAGAAUUAGAAGGGAAGCUCAAAGUUAUGAUUCAAGCAUAUGCACCAUCUGGUGAAAUUACUGGCGGUCAUGUCCUCUUCACACCACAAAAGUGCGGCGCAACUAAAGGUAUCUGUCAUCUUGGUGAAACUGCGGUGGAGGUUACCGUUGCUUGGUCGCUCCUCCCCUCGCCGAAAGAGACCUUACCUUGUCCAUUGCCUGUAGACAAGAUUUGCUAG